CUGACACUGUGCUGUUGAUGUGCGAAAUCCUAAACACCAUGCAAGACUGAAGGACCAUCUAGUCAGCACCAGUCGAUUUUAUUGUCAUCGGUUGAGGAGGAAAGCGACAUGGCAUCAAACGAUAUGGAGCUCCACGCUCUUUCCAGCGACUCGCAAGACCUGAGACCAAUUACCAAUAAACAUGGAGUCGGCGAGACUUCGACUUCGCCACGUUCGUCAAUUACUGCGCGGGAGCCACAGAUCACACGCAUGCGUACUACAUCCUGGCCAGUCUUUGUAUUCGUCAUCUACGCAACAUUUGCUUUAUUCCCAUGGAUAUGUCUAUGCAUUCUGAGUAAGCGGCCCAUAACGAAGGAGAAAGCAUACAUCUCAGUCGAUACAAGUUCGUCUCAACCCGAACACUGGUACCACGUCAGCGAGAAGUACUUCAAAGUGGCACAUAUCUUACAGUCUAUCGCCACACUCGUUACAAUCCCAGUGACGACUGCGAUAUGCUCCAUGGCAUGCGUGGUAUACAUGCAGAGUAGUCCUCUGAGACGAAGUCUUACGUUGAGACAGUCGAUGGCCUUGGCCGACUCGGGCUGGUUAAGCCCUCAUGUGUUGGCGAAACUCGGGACCACGGGAAGCCUUCCAUUGUAUACCGCGUUUGCUUUGGCACUAUUUGGGAGUGCAAGUCAAAUACUGCAAACUGCAAUGGUCGGCCAAGUUGAGAUACUCGCUAGUUCUGGUUCUCAUCCUUCAUACGCUUACGUCAUCGACCCGUUGGACUAUAUUAGCGAUGAAGACGAUGCAGCAGGAUCGAGGUACAGGAACUCUUAUGAACAACGGACUCUGAGCCUACGCAGCUUGCUCGAGUUGCCUUUUACAAGCAACGACGACAUCAACAACUGGGGGACACCACCCGAUUCUCUCUACGCCGAUGACACUGCUCGUACUGAUAGAUCUAGUGCUGCUGGACAUAUAUACGUUCCGCUUGUGAAUAAUUUCUCGUCGGGUGCCUUCCCAUUUCGACAAUUCGCACCGCGUAUGAACUCCUCGAUCAUGUCCGAAGAAAUCUCGUCGAACGACUUUGGAGAGAAUUGCCGCAACGAAACCGAAAAUGGUCACUUCUACGCUCGAUAUUACUAUGUUGAGCAGCAUGCCUACGACGACAACUACUACAAUCCUGAUGUAGAUUUUGAGGUGUGCGUAACGAACGACCUGCGCAUUUCACCUUGGAACAUAACACGGGAUCGUCAGGACCUAGUUGAGGAGAUGUAUUACAAGACGCAAGACCGCAACAAGGGCAGCCUUGGCUACUGGAAAAUUACGUCAAUUACGUCUUUGGGAUACUUUGAAGUCCCAAGCUCACAGAACGGGGAUGUGCCCGGACCAUUGCUGGAAAAAGACCCCUUCAUCGACGACAAGGUCCAGAUCUCGGAAAACCGGAAUGCACACUACAAGGAGACUCACCUCCGGAGAAGGCGAGACAACGUAACCUACAGCGGAAACGCUACGAUGCUUAUGAGUGGUUACAACAAGGGCCCACUUACAUCAGUCGCCAUUGCGUUGUUCGGUCCAAACUCCUUUGUUGAGACCAGAAUGUCCAAUCCUUCAAAUUUUGUCAUACCUGAGGAUCCAGACUGUGGUCUAAGAUAUUGUACGACCGGCCGCAACUUGCACAGCUGUAUUCACAAUGCGCCUUUGUACGACUUUCUAGGUAGGUCAAGGAACUGCAUAGACAUAUACGAUUCGGGGUCAGUCAACAAGGUCAUCGGUCAAGUCAGCACAUUACUGUUCUAUUUCACCGCGCGGCAGCAGUCUAGCAUUCUGCCGGCGCUAUCCCAUGCCCUUUACAUGGCGAACAAAUUAUGGCUGCAUCAACCUAUAGCUGGCUAUAACACGCAAGGCCAACUGAGAAUCUACUACGAUGAAGGCAUCCCGACUACAAAGCCCGAGCUCAGUAACACUGGUAUCAUCGUUGGAUCUUUUUUUCUCGGCCUGCACCUGCUGGGAUUGCUGUUGUUGGCACUUUACGUUGCCAGAAUGAAGCCAUGGUCAAGCAAGAUGGGUUCAGAGGUUAUGCUGAAGAUGGGAAUGGUGUAUUCGGAUGAGUUGGCGAGGUCCGAGACGAAGCAGCAAUGGGAUCGAAUGGUGACUACACUGCCUGGAUUCAUAGGUGAUGAAAGGCCAGUGGAAGAGAUCGGCCGAAUGAGGCUGGGCGCGGCGGCUGGUCUUAGCAGAAAGAGAGACAGGAAGUUUGAGAUCCUGAGGUAAUGGUGAGAGCGUUGUCUUGGAGAUUUUGGCUGUCGGUUGCAUCCAUUAUACAUCGCGUAGUCCAGGCUAUGAUCGUCCGCAUUGAUCACAAUUCGAAUCGCGGAGUAGCUUUGCAUCUCUAUGCCUUGCCAAUGUUGUUUGACAAACUAAGCUAACUUCUUAUGGCAAACGUCUCGCUGAGAGCUUGUUUCCUGCGCUCUCAUUUCAUACAGAGACGGCUCAUGUUUACUAAGCAAAGAAGAAUGACAUUGCAACG